GCUGAUGUCAAUCUUAUAAAAAAAUACGAGAGAUAAGAGUUGAAAAAUUCGCCAUUUGAAUUGUUGGUAUUGCUAUAGACGUUUUAGUUGUCGUACAACGACAAACUUUCUUGUUUUUGAUAAAGUACGCACUUUCUGCCAUAUCUUUUCUCAAAUCGUGAAUGAUUACAUUAGCAAAUAGAAAUACAAACCAAUGGGAAACUCAAACUCCAGAAGCGACUCCGGCAGCGAUGCGCCAAAUGGAGGAUCCGGUGGUGCUAAGGAAAAACCCCCGAAAUCUAUCCAAACUAUUCCUAUAGGGGAUGGAAAUUCAAUUGCUAAUAAUAAUGCUAUGUUAAAGGCAGAGAGAUCCAUGAGUAGAUCUGCAUCAGGUGCGGAUGUUACGGAAAAGUUCUUAACUCAACUUGUACCUAUAGAAAAGUUAUCCGAAAUUCUCAAAGAGAAGUCGGCCAAGCACGGUGUCAAUGGCAUUGUUUCAGACGUGUUUGUGUCACAAGUUUUUCCUCAAUAUGCUGAUUUAGGCAAAAGGUUAUUUCGCCUAAUGCAUACAGCAUCAAAAGCUCGAACUGCUUAUUUGGGCACUGUGGCAUUUCGUCAACAAUGUGAGCGUUUUCUGGGUAUAAUGGAUGAUGAAAAAAUUUUAGAGUGUUACAUAAAAAUGUACGCGGAGGAGGACAAUCCAGAUUUUAUUACGAAGGCAGGUGUAACACGUUUGCUGCUUAUUUGCUACACAAUUGCCAUGCAGCAUUCUGGCAACGCAGUGCUCUGUCCAGCAAUUAGCCGUACAUUUGGUUCGGUGACUAAAUCCAUAUUUUUUAGCCACGACAGCUUGAGUGUGGGUUUUGUUUGUCGUUGGUUUGAACAGAAUCUUAUUCGUUUGGUAUUGUUGGUCCACAAAUAUUGCUUACAUACAUUAUCAACUUCUUAUAGAGGUCUCGAACAACAAGCUCAAUCAUGCGGUAUUGAGCUUCAAACUCCAAUUUUGGAGCAACGAAAUCCAUUCCCAGAUGCAGCUGGUAAGGAUGCUGGUGACUCGACUUUUGAAUCUUUAAUGCCGUUAUCGCAAGCGUGGUUGUUAGCUGGAGGACUUCCGCCACUUUAUUCUAAGCCGCAGACGAUACAAUCGCCUAAUUCAAAUAAAUCAUCUGCUGCUCAAAUUUUUAAAGAAAAACUUUCUAUGAUGCCAUCUCAUUGGACUUUAUUGUAUGACUCAAAUGAACAUGGUUUGGGAGCUAAUCGCUUUUUGCAUCACGUUCUUGGUUAUCGCGGCCCAACACUUAUAUUGAUACAUACCAAGGAUGACCAGACGUAUUGUAUUGCUGCGCCCAAUGAAUGGAAAGAAACUCAUUUAUAUACUGGAGGCGAGGGCAGUUGCAUAGUGCAACUUUUCCCCAAAUUUGUGAUAUUGGAGAAAAAGCCCAACAUUCUGUACUUAAAUACGAGCAUACGUGGUUAUCCUAAGGGUCUGCGUGCGGGUUCAGAUCCACGUAAACCUGUUAUCGCUGUCGACGAACACUUCGAAAAUGUGGACUGCAAAGGAUUAGCUGCAGUGCUAAUAGCUAUUGAGGUAUGGGGCUGUGGUGACAAAGCAUCACGUGAUGUGCAAUUGGAUAUAAAGAAAUGGCAAAUCAAGGAAGCUGAACGGCAACGUACUGUAAAAUUGACAGCCGCCGAUUGGAUGGAUCAUCCUGAUCGCUACCUAUUAGAGCUCGGCGGUCGCACAAACUACAAUAAUUGAUAAAUAUACACCUUUGUUGACGAAUGCGUAAUCUUUACGUGCCUUUAGCCACAGGCAUUAGCAAUAAUUAUAAUCAGCAACAAUUAUACGAGUAUACGAGUACAUAACCAAUCAGUUGCGGUACGCAUACUUAUACUGUUCGGGGUAGUUGAAGACCUUAAAGCAGAAAAGACAUGUCUGGACGCAAUGUUCGGUCAGUCAAUAAUUCCAGUGUUUUAAUUUAAGUGUUUAACGAUCUUUCAAUCUAUGUUUUUUUAGUUUCGUCGUUAAAAGUGUUUUUUAGAAUGGGUACUUAUAUGUAUAUAUGUAUUUAUGUAUGUAUGUACUCGGUGGACAGUCAAUUGGACUGUACAGAAAUUUUUUGAAUUGUUAAAAUUUUGCUGUUUGCAAUAGACGACAUACAUAUACUUUAUAUUUUUCUCGAUUGGCAUGUCCAAAAGGUCUUUUGUAAAUUAGAGUCGUUGCAUAAUUAGUCAAAAUAUGUACUUAAUAUUCCGAUAUUUUAAUUAUUUUUUUAAACUCAAACGUCCAUUUUAUUGUUAAUUGUAAUAAAUCAUAAUGAUAAUAAAACGAUAAAACAUAUUCAAAGUAAUAAAUAAUAUUAAA